AGCCCACACCGUCCAUUGGUUCGGUAUCUCUGUUCACUGAUGAUAUAUCCCUACCUCCUAGUGUACUGCCCAAUCCGUUUCCAGCCCGAUCAAGAGCCCGCUCAAAUAGCUUAUCUAUAAUAUGACGCGUUCACACAAGCUCAACGGCCGGGAUCACUCAGGACUUAGUGACGGAAUGGCAGCCUCACUUGAGCAUAUCCCUCGGUAUUUUGCGAAAUCUGGACCCAUUGAUGCUGAUCCUAAAAAGACGAAAAAAGAUGGAGGAGGAAAGGGAAACUGGGGCCGCUCUGGCGAGGAAGUCCAAGACUAUGAUUAUACCUUCACGAACGCUCGUCGCCAUUCAAACAGCAGCAGCCAAGGCAUGGCGGAUUUUAGAACGAAGUUCGAGACCAUUGAACCAGAUCCAGUCUUUGAGCAUCGCCUCCACGGUCCACGGAAUGACUCUGUCGAGCAUGGUGACUCAAUGAUCCACGACCAAAAUGAAAGUGGUCAAACUAACAGCAAUGACAUCUAAGACCAGACAGAGGGGGCGGAAUCUGUGAUAACCUGUUAUUAGUGCCGAUACGCUGUUGUCAAGGCACCAUAGUGGGAUUAACCGAGGCGGAUGGACCGGCACUGGAGUGAGUAGUGAAAUGAACGGCUAUAAUACCAAAUCAACACGUCUUCCUUCAAGUUCUUUAUACCGUUGCUAGAUGAACAUUACCC